CACAACUGCAUCGUUCCUCUGUUCCUUUGUUCUGAUUUUCUCUACUCUCACAGCGCCAUCUCGUCAAUCCUCCAUCUCCAUCCUUAUCAAAAACCUCCGUUUGGACCCAACACCUUGCCGUCGAACCCUAGUUCCUUAUACCCUCGUUCAACUCAAUCUCUGUCGAACCCUAGGUCCUUCGUUUCGGCCUAACACCUCCAUCUCCUUCGAACCCUAAAUCUCGUGAUUCUCAGUAUACCUGGAACGACAAUUCUCUGUGCAACAACCCUUAUAUCUCAACAAUUUCUCUACUUUUUCUAAAUGAUGAACACAAUUUUUUUUCAACCGUGGAACUAUACAAGAUCAAAGUUGCAUCACAAUGGAAUAUAGCUUUGCAAAAUUUUGCAGUUUGCUUUGAGUAGCUAGUAGUGCUGGUGUGGCGUGGAGUUUGGUGUGUUCCUGUCAUGGUACAGGUCUAGUGUGGAGUCAGUGUUGCCCGUUGGUUUUCUUGUUUUGGUUAGUUGGUUUGUGUGUGUGUGUGUGUGUUUUUGUAGUUUUUGUUUUAGUUAAGGGUGCUCCUAGUUUUCUUUUUUUUGCCUCCUAGUGUUCUUACUUGGAUUCUCAAGUACUCUACUUAAUAAUGACCAGAAACUUCUUGAAGCAAAAAAAGUAAGCACUUUUGUCCUCAUCAUAGAAUUGCUAAUAAUUAUAAUUAAGUAGUUAAUUAACCCUCUGUGUUCAACAUUAAUAUCUUAAUUAAUAAGUGAAAAAAAACUGAACAUAUUACUGCAGGCAGAACAAUGAUGCAGGGAAGAUUCCAUUGACAUGGAGUCUGAUAAAAAAUUUUCCACUUACUCAUAGGGUAAUAUUGGAAAGUCUAAGGAUGGCAAGUAUCAUUUCACACCUUGUAUUGAAUUUUUUUUAAGGUUUGGAUCUUGAAAAGUUGGAUAAGGUGUGGUUAGAAUGAAGUUUCUAGAAACUCAACUAUGUGGGGAUGCUUUGAUUGAGAGCAUUUUAUCUUGGUGAUGUAUUAAAUUCUUGGAGAAGGCGAAAGAAAUGAAGAACAAUGUUGUAGAGAAAGCAAGUAACAUAGCAAAUGCAAUUAAGGAUACCAUAGCCUCUAACUAUGAAGCUGCCAAGCAAAAAUAACAAAUUACCAUGACAACCAACACUUCUAACAACAUUUUGCGAUCAAUCCUUGAUAAAGAGAAAUUGUCUGGGACAAAUUUUCUCGAUUGGCACCGUAACUUGAGGAUAGUCCUCAUGCACGAGAAAAAGCUGUAUGCUAUUGAGGAACCCCACCCUGAUCCUGAGGAGGAACCUGCCCCAAAUGCUCCUAAGGCCCAAAGGGAUGCUUAUCAGAAGCGUCUUGAUGAUGCCUUGGAUGCAAAGUGUCUCAUGCUGGCUACCAUGACCUCUGAGCUUCAGAAGCAACAUGAGGAAAUGAAUGCGUUCGAUAUGAUCGAACAUUUGAAAACGCUCUACCAAGAGCAAGCCAGAAUUGAGUGGUUUGAGGUUUCCAAAGCCCUUUUUCAAGCUAAGUUAUCUGAGGGAUCUCCUGUAAGUCCACAUGUGCUCAAGAUGAUUGGGUACGUGGGGGACUUGACAAGAUUGGGAUUUCCACUCGGAGAUGAGCUUGCGACUGAUCUUAUCCUGCAAUCGUUGCCGGAAAGUUUCAAUCAGUUUGUGCUGAAUUUCACCAUGUCUGACAUGGAGAAAACUCUACCACAAUUGUUAAGCAUGUUGAGACAGGCUGAACAGAAUUUGAAGUCAAAAGGGAAGUCUAAUCAUGUCCUGAUGAUCGGCAAAGGAAAUCACAAAAAGGGCAACAAAGUGAAGGGCAACAAAGGGAAGGGCAAAGAAGUUGUCAAACCCAAAUCUGCCCCUCAAGCUUUGAAGCCUACUGGUGGCAUUGCAAAGGAGGGUAAGUGCUUCCACUGUAACAAAACUGGACAUUAG